CAACGGAUGUACCGGCUGUGAACGAUUGGAUGGCACGCAGUGAAGAGGUUUGGAAUUGGGCUUAUGUUCACCUUCAACACGCUGUUCGAAGGCAAAAGGAGCAAGCGGACCGCAGAAGGCGCCCAGGUCCCAACUACCAGUCGGGUCAAUGGGUGUGGCUAUCAACACGGGAUCUCCGUCUCCGGCUUCCUUGCCGCAAACUGAGUCCAAGCCCGCUGCUGGUCCCAGAGACGAGGGAGAGGGGAGGUCCCGUGCACAGGCCCCUCAACCCAUCACCAUAGAGGGCGAGGAGGCUUACCAAGUCCAGGAGUUACUCGAUUCCAGACGUCGGGGAAGAAUCCUACAGUAUCUGGUCGACUGGGAAGGGUACGGUCCAGAGGAACGCUCUUGGGUAAAUUCUGAGGAUAUUCUAGACCCCAAUCUCAUCGAUGAAUUUCAUCGCUUACAUCCUGAAAGACCGACCCCGUGGUAGACCCCGACGUCGUUUGCCUCCUCGCGCCAGGAGUCGCUCGCAGGGGGGGGGCUCUGUCACGGAGACGAACCCCGUGAUUCCCUCUGCUGGCCAGCAGAGGGCACCCUCACCUGAAUACUGACACACACGCAUCCAUCCAUUCAUUUACACU